CGUCGAUCAUCGUCCCGCCCAUCAACUUCUCGUCGAUCGACUACUUCGCGUCCAAGGUCCAGCGCCCGAAGCCGUCGGACGCCUCGAUGGCCGUCUCGCGUUUCGAGGUCUGGUUGCGCUUCUUCGCGGCGCUCAACACCACCGCCGGCCCGCCCAAGUCGAUGCUCAGCGCCGGCCUCAUGUCGUCGCCGCUCGGCGGGAUCGACUGGACGUUCUUCUCGAGGGUCGGCGAGCAGAUCCACAAGCCGGGCGAUUUCCUCGCAGCCCUCGGCAGGGGCAUCAUCGACUCGUUCUCGGGCCCGCUCGCGCCGCUCAUCGAUGUCGUCAACGCCGUCGACUCGAGGACGCUGCAGACCGCGAGGCAGAACCUUCUCGCCCGCUCUUUUGACGCCAAGUUCCCCGAGGCCGUCAAGCGUGAGCGUGGCCAAGCCGGCCACGAGGGCGCCGUCAAGACGAAGCACUUCGUCCUCCACGCCGACGCCAAGGAAAUGAAGGCCGGUGUGCGCAAGGACAAGCUCAAGGCCAAGAUUUCGGCAGCCCUCAACGAGAUCUUCGAGGACCGGCAGACGACCUCGCCUGAUCAAGUUCGUCCCGCACCGCUCGACAGCGUCGUCCCUCUCGACAAGCAGCUUCUCAAGGCCGCCGACGAGUUCGCCAUCGAGCUCAAGGAGGUCCUCGGCGCCAACAGCGUCUUUGAGCGCACGGUCGGCCCCCUCAUCCGCAUGAUCCUCAGUACGGCUGCGCCGUUUGAGAGCAGGUCUCUCUUCACGAUCAGCAACGCGCUCGCCAACUGGACUCGCGCCAUGGCCCGCAUCGAGAGCCACAUCUCGUCGCUCGGCAAGGAGCUCACUCUCGAGCUCUCCCGCCUCGUUCUGUUCGCCUUCCUCGCCGCCAUCUACAUCCCCUCGAUCCACCUUGCCGCCUCGUACAUCGACUGCAAGCUCAACGACAUUUUCGAGACCGCCGCAAUGCGCUCGCAGGUCGCGCAGCAGGUCGUUGCCGAGGUCGCCAAAGACGUGCACGGCGUCGUCAUCAAGGUCGGUACCGCUACUACGAGGAAUCACGGUACGCAGAUCGGCAAGAUCGUCCGCCAGUUCACGCACGGCGACAAGAAGAUGCACCUCCUCUCGACCGACCCUCGCUGGUAUCUCGCGCACCUCAAGAACCAGGGCGGCGAGUGCAUGAUGUCCUCGCACUGCGGUCGGACCCUUUCGUACGACCCGGACCAGCGCAUCAAGGACAACCACGACGGCCGGCGCAUCUCGGUCGGCGCGUACGAGCGUCGCUCCAUGGAUUCGAAGGCUCUGCUCGACGGCCUAUCGACACGCGAGGCCUACAACUGCAUGUACGGCUACUUCUGCCACGCCUUCCACGACGGCAUCUUUGCCCUGCACUCGCGCUACAGCUACAUCUACCACCACUCGGACCGCCCCCAGCGCGGCAAGCCCGUCCGCUUCGCUCGCGGCAUGGCCGGCGCCGGCAUCCCGUCGCUCGACGUGCUCCUCAUGGAGCAGGACGAGGGCGUCGAGGAGGAGAUGGAGAAGGAGAUGGAGGAGGGCGAGGAGGACUCCGACAUCGACGUCGACUGAAGGAGAUAGUCACCCACCCUCUCUUGCCUCGUCCCCUUUCACCUUUGUUCGUCAGUACCCCCUCGUCUCGCUCGCCCUCUCUCUCUGUCUCUCUUCUCCCUUUCCCUCCCUUUUGGUUCCCCCCUAUCGUCCUCGUCUCCCGCCUCGCACAGACCCUCGUUCCCCUUCUCUCGUCCUUCCCUACCUGCCUCUCCCCUCCUUGCCUCGCAGUCUUCCUUUCGUACUCUCUGAAGCUCCUUCCGUUGAACGAAGCUGCCUUUCGUCUUC